GGGAAGACACCGCCGGAAGCGAGGAAGGUGCUGUGUAAUCAGUGAGACGCGGAGACGCUUGGCGCCUGCUAAAAUGCCGGAUUACCUAGGUGCGGACCAGCGGAAAACCAAAGAGGAUGAGAAGGACGACAAGCCCAUCAGAGCUCUGGAUGAGGGGGAUAUCGCCUUGUUGAAAACUUACGGUCAGAGUACUUAUUCUAGGCAGAUCAAGCAGGUUGAGGACGACAUUCAACAACUUCUCAAAAAAAUUAAUGAGCUUACUGGUAUUAAAGAGUCUGACACUGGCCUGGCACCACCAGCCCUCUGGGAUUUGGCUGCAGAUAAACAGACACUUCAGAGUGAGCAGCCUUUACAGGUUGCCAGAUGUACGAAGAUAAUCAAUGCUGAUUCAGAGGACCCAAAAUACAUUAUCAACGUAAAGCAGUUUGCCAAGUUUGUGGUGGAUCUCAGUGAUCAGGUGGCACCCACUGACAUUGAAGAAGGGAUGAGAGUUGGUGUGGACAGAAAUAAAUACCAAAUUCACAUUCCACUACCUCCUAAGAUUGACCCGACAGUUACAAUGAUGCAGGUGGAGGAAAAACCUGACGUCACAUACAGUGAUGUUGGUGGUUGUAAGGAACAGAUUGAGAAACUGCGAGAAGUGGUUGAAACCCCACUACUCCAUCCAGAGAGGUUUGUUAACCUUGGAAUUGAGCCUCCAAAGGGCGUGCUGCUGUUUGGUCCUCCAGGCACAGGCAAGACACUCUGCGCUAGGGCAGUUGCUAAUCGGACUGACGCCUGCUUCAUUCGAGUUAUUGGGUCUGAGCUCGUCCAGAAAUAUGUUGGCGAGGGAGCCCGAAUGGUUCGUGAGCUUUUUGAAAUGGCCAGGACAAAAAAAGCCUGCCUUAUUUUCUUUGAUGAAAUUGAUGCCAUUGGAGGGGCUCGGUUUGAUGAUGGCGCUGGGGGUGACAAUGAAGUGCAGAGAACGAUGUUGGAACUGAUCAACCAGCUGGAUGGUUUUGAUCCUCGAGGCAACAUCAAAGUGCUGAUGGCCACUAACCGACCCGAUACUUUGGAUCCAGCACUGAUGAGGCCGGGGAGACUGGACAGGAAGAUUGAGUUCAGCUUGCCUGAUUUAGAGGGCCGGACUCACAUCUUUAAGAUUCAUGCUCGUUCAAUGAGUGUUGAAAGGGACAUUAGAUUUGAGUUGUUAGCCCGACUGUGUCCAAACAGCACUGGAGCGGAGAUUAGAAGUGUUUGCACAGAAGCUGGUAUGUUUGCAAUCCGAGCACGUCGAAAAAUUGCUACAGAGAAGGACUUCUUGGAAGCUGUAAAUAAGGUCAUCAAGUCUUACGCCAAAUUUAGCGCUACUCCUCGCUACAUGACAUACAAUUGAGCCCCAGAGGCUUUGAGUGAAAGAACUUCCUGCGCUUGUAUGACUUGUUGCCACCUCAAAAAAAUAAAAGAUUUCAAAAUGAA